AUGGGCAUCAGUAGGCGACCGAAGGAUAAGUCGGGCGGAGGUGCCCGAGCUGCUGGUGGCGGUGGGCAGUCGGGAGGCGGUCCCAAACCGAAGAAGGCCACAUUCGAGACGAGCAAGAAGAAAGAGAUCGGUGUUUCGGACCUGACUCUUCUGAGCAAGGUGUCCAACGAGGCUAUUAAUGACAACCUCAAGAAGCGCUUUGAAGGCCGCGAGAUCUAUACCUAUAUCGGCCAUGUGUUGGUUUCCGUCAACCCGUUCCGAGAUCUCGGUAUCUACACCGACGAGGUCCUCGAAUCCUACAAGGGCAAGAACCGCCUCGAGAUGCCACCCCACGUCUUCGCAAUCGCCGAAUCGUCCUACUACAACAUGAAAGCCUACAAGGAGAAUCAAUGCGUCAUCAUCUCUGGAGAGUCAGGAGCAGGCAAGACGGAAGCUGCGAAGCGGAUCAUGCAGUACAUCGCGAACGUGUCUGGCGGCGAGAGUGGAGAGAUCCAACAGAUCAAGGACAUGGUGCUGGCCACCAAUCCACUGCUGGAGUCUUUUGGCAAUGCGAAGACACUGAGGAACAACAACUCGUCACGAUUCGGAAAAUACCUCCAGAUACAUUUCAACAACAAUGGCGAGCCGGUCGGAGCAGACAUUACGAAUUACCUCCUCGAAAAGACUCGAGUUGUUGGACAGAUCACGAAUGAGCGGAGCUUCCACAUUUUCUACCAGUUCACCAAAGGAGCUUCGGAAAACUACAGGACCAUGUUCGGGAUACAAAAGCCAGAGACCUAUGGAUACCUCAACCGGUCGAAAUGCUUCAACGUUGAUGGGAUUGAUGAUCUGGCAGAGUUCCGGGACACCCUUGAGGCUAUGAAGGUUAUUGGACUGUCACAGGCCGAGCAGGAUGAAGUCUUCCGCAUGCUUGCAGCAGUCCUGUGGGCUGGAAACAUCCAUUUCGUCGAAGGUGACGACGGCUACGCUGCUGUCUCAGACCAGUCUGUCGUGGACUUCCUUGCAUACUUACUCGAGGUUGCGCCAACUGAUCUGAUCAAGGGCAUCACCAUCCGAGUAUUGACUCCGAGAUCCGGUGAGGUCAUUGAGUCCCCUUCGAACAUCGCUCAGGCAACUGCAACCCGAGAUGCGCUCUCCAUGGCCAUCUACAACAGUCUUUUCGACUGGAUCGUUGUGAGGAUCAACCAAUCACUACAAGCGCGCCAGGCUACGUCCAACAACAUCGGUAUCCUCGAUAUCUAUGGAUUUGAAAUCUUUGAGAAGAACAGUUUCGAGCAACUCUGCAUCAACUAUGUCAAUGAGAAACUGCAACAGAUCUUCAUCCAGCUUACCCUCAAGGCCGAACAAGAAGAGUACGCCCGCGAACAGAUUCAGUGGACACCCAUUGAGUACUUCGACAACAAAGUUGUGUGCGACUUGAUCGAGCAGGUCAGGCCUGUCGGUGUCUUCUCCGCACUCAAAGACGCAACCAAGACAGCACACGCUGACCCGGUUGCUUGCGAUCGAACCUUUAUGCAAAGUGUCAACGGCAUGUCCAAUAAACACCUCACUCCUCGGCAGGGAAGUUUCAUCAUCAAGCAUUAUGCUGGUGAUGUUAGCUACAGCGUCGAGGGAAUUACGGACAAGAACAAGGAUCAGUUGCUCAAGGGCGUGCAAAACGUGUUCCAGCAGAGUUCGAACCGAUUCGUCCACACCUUGUUCCCCAAUGAAGUGAACCAGGACAACCGCAAGCAGCCGCCAACAGCCGGUGACAGAAUCCGGACAUCUGCAAAUGCGCUUGUCGAGACCCUGAUGAAGUGCCAGCCAUCAUAUAUCCGAACCAUCAAGCCGAACGAGAACAAGUCGCCAACCGAGUAUAACGUGCCGAAUGUCUUGCAUCAGAUCAAAUACCUGGGUCUGCAAGAGAACGUCAGGAUCCGUAGAGCCGGAUUCGCGUACCGUCAAUCAUUCGACAAAUUUGUCGAGCGGUUCUACCUUUUGUCCCCGGCUACAUCAUAUGCAGGCGAAUAUACUUGGCAGGACUCGGAAGAGGCAGCGGUGAAGCAGAUUCUCAAAGACACCAGUAUCCCCAAGGAAGAAUGGCAAUUGGGAGUUACAAAGGCUUUCAUCAAGGCACCAGAGACAUUAUUCGCCCUGGAAACGAUGAGAGAUCGAUACUGGCAUAAUAUGGCGACCCGCAUUCAACGAAUGUGGAGGGGAUAUCUGGCGUACCGCGCCGAAUCCGCCACCCGUAUUCAGAGAUUCUGGCGCAAAAAGAGAGUGGGUGCCGAGUAUCUGCAACUGCGAGAUCAAGGCCACAAAGUGCUCCAGGGACGAAAGGAGAGGAGGAGAUUCAGUCUGCUAGGAUCUCGUCGCUUCUUGGGAGAUUAUUUGGGCGUCAAUGCUUCAACCGGACCCGGCGCGCAAGUUCGCAAUGCUGUGCAGCUGUCUAGCAACGAGAAAGUGCUGUUCUCGUGCCGGGGUGAAGUCCUGGAGGCCAAGUUCGGUCGUUCAAGUAAACCAAGCCCUCGGAUAUUGAUUGUAACGAACAGCAAGUUUUAUAUCGUAGCGCAGGUGUUGGUAAACAACCAGGCGCAGAUUUCGGUCGAGCGCUCGAUGCCGCUGGGUGCCAUCAAGUUCGUCAGUACUUCGACCGCUCGAGAUGACUGGUUCUCGCUGGGCGUCGGGUCCCAACAAGAGGCCGACCCGCUGUUGAACUGCGUCCUGAAGACAGAACUCUUCACGCAGAUGCAACGAGCAAUGCCUGCUGGUUUUAGCCUUAAGAUUGGCGAGUCGAUAGAAUACGCCAAGAAGCCUGGAAAGAUGCAGAUGGUCAAGGUCUCGAAGGAUUCAAAACAAGCGGCCGACUACUACAAGAGUGGUGCCGUUCACACGCAACCCGGCGAGUCUCCGUCGUCGGUCUCGCGUCCUACGCCAAAGGGCAAGCCAGUGCCGCCUCGACCUGUUACUCGUGGCAAACUCAUCAAACCUGGCGGUCCAAAUGGUAGACCGUCUCGAAUGCCGGCCAACAGCUGGCCAAACACGACCAAACGAGGUCCAGCUGCUAUCCAAACUCCUCGACCAGUUCCUACACCUGCUGCGGCCACUCCUCGACCAGUUCCUACACCCGCUGCGGCCACAAGUAACAUCCCGAGCCAUACGCGCAGCCAGAACUCAACUUCCUCAAUAUCGAGACCACCACCGCCUCCCCCUCCGCCGGCCGCAAAGGCUAAGAUUGUGGCCAAGGUUCUGUACGACUUCGCUGGGCAAAGGGAAAACGAGCUCUCCAUAAAAGCAGGCGACAUCAUCGAGAUUAUCCAGAAGGAAACCAACGGCUGGUGGCUAGCGAAGACACCGCAAGGACAGGCCUGGGUCCCGGCCGCUUACGUCGAAGAGCAAGCUGCUCCAGCACCAGCUCCAGCUCCACGAUUGCCGCCCCCUCCGCUCUCCCAGAACGGAGCAGCAGCACGAAGCAAGCCUACUCCUCCCCAGCCGCCGGCGAAGCGCCCAGCUGCUGGCAAGAAGCCUGCAGCUCUGCAACCUCGAGACUCCGGUCUGAGCAUGAAUGCCAACGGGUCGGACAGCAGCCGAAGCAACACGCCGACACCCAGCCUCGCCGGGUCGCUGGCUGAUGCCCUGCUCGCCAGAAAGAACGCGAUGCAAAAGAAGGAUGACGAUGAUGACUGGUAA